AGGUGUGGGAGACCGCAGCCAUGCCCUGGCACUCGCUGUGACCCUUCUGAAGUGGCGGAAGAGGAGCCCGGGCGUGGCUCAGUCCCCGCCCUGGGUUUGCCCGGGGAGUCACCCAGCACCGGCGCUCGUCAACACCCAAGGCUGUGCUCCCUCCGCCCUCCCGCAGCCCUGCCCUCCCUGCCCACGCAUUUUUACUCCCGCUCGGAGCAGCGUGAGAGAGCGGCGGGGCUGCCAUGGAAGCCAACAAUUCCCCCAACAAUUCCCUCUGGCACAGCUACCUGGGGGUGAUCGUGUCCCGCGAGAGGCAGCGGAUGGAGCAUUUCCAGCGGGCUGAGGACAUCCUGCUCACCCUGUUGGAGACCGUCCACGCCAGGGAACCCCGCUUCCUCGUGGACUAUGCCAGAAACCUGGAAGCCUUGGAGUUUGCUCUCUGUGCCUCCGAGGACGCUGUCACUCUAGAGAUACCCCUCCGUAUCGACGGCGAUGCCCUGCGUGUGCUGGCACGCCGGACCAGGGACACCCCAGCCGGGCAUCCUUCAGAGCCCAACACCUGCUAUCUGGAAGUGUGCUCUCCAGGGACUGAUUUGGAGGACUGGACUGGUACGGUGGAUGUGAUGGAGCACGGAGCCGGUGUGAGGUGUCUGAUUCCAGGCAAAAUCCUGCAGCACCUGAAAGAGCUCCUUGUUUCAGCCAUCGUGCGCUGCCGACGCCUCUUCCUGCUUCAGCCAGGUGACAUCAGUGCCGAAAACCUGCGGGAAGAUGCCAUGGAGCUCUCCCUGCUGAUCCGCGGCAGCUGGAAGACCGUUCGCUUUGACAUCGUUCCUGUGGUGAGGAGGCAGCAAGAGCCGCUCCGGCUGCGGGGGCGGCAGAGCGACGGGGGCUUCCCUGCAGGCAGCCUCAGGAUGGCCACACAAGAGGCGCACUUUGUCCCCGCCUCUCCACACUGCUGGAGAUCCUCCACCCACCUUCCCAUCCUGAAGCUGCUCCGAGCAGUGGACACCUUGAAGGGGCCCCGUCUGGACAGCCUCCGCCUGCUGGACCAGCUCCGUGACCAGGACUGGGGAGGGGAGGGGGGGAGAGGUGGUCUCACUUUCAACCACCUGAAGAUGGUGUUGCUGUGGAGCACGGAGCUCUUCCCCUCCCCAGAGGACUGGCAGGACYUGGAAGGCUCUGUCUACAGGCUCUUGGUGAUCCUUCUCCGCUGCCUGGCUACCCAGCACCUGCCCCACUUCCUGAACCCAGAGGAAAACCUCUUCCAAGGAGCGGCUCUGGACCUCRCCUCCCUCUACCACAGAGUCGAGAGCUUCGCCUGGGACCCCCGGCGCUUCCUCCGCUUCCAUUUUGGGCUCCACCCGUGCAGUGGCAGCUGGCAGGCAGACCCUGACACCCGAGCCCUCCUGCAGCUCCCCUCCAGGGAUGGCUGCUACUGGGACACAGCCUACUUUGACCUGCUGCUCAGCCAGUUCCAGGUGUACCGGAUCCAGGACAGCGCGCGCCGCUCGGCAAUGGCACAGCUCCUCUCCAAGAUCCGCCAGCAAAUCCCUCAGCAGAGUUGAUGGGA